AUGAGCGAGCCGGGUCUGCCAUCCCCGCAGCGGGCAGCUCUCCAAGCCCCGGGGGGUGGGAGUGGGGGGCGCUUCCCCACAUCCUGCUGUCAGUUCACUGAGGGGAAGUUGCCAACCUGCGAUGACAACCAGGAGAGAGGAAGCGGCAGGGACCAGGCUCCUGGGAAGAAGUUAGCUGUUUACAACAAGAUGCAAGAGUCCCUGGAGGUGACCCUUCCCAGCAAACAGGAGGAGGAUGAGAAAGACCAGCCCACUGAGAUGGAAUACCUUAACUCUCGCUGUGUCCUUUUCACUUACUUCCAGGGAGACAUUGGGUCAGUAGUGGAUGAACACUUCUCAAGAGCUUUGAGCCAAGCCAGCAGCUUCAACCCAGAAACUGCCCUUUCAAAAAGCAAGCCAGGGCUAAGCCCUCUGUGGAGAGAGAGCUCAACAAUUUCAAGCCAACGGAGCAGUUUCCCAGCUUCAUUUUGGACCAGCUCUUAUCAACCUCCACCUCCGCCAUGCUUGAGUGGAGUCCAUCCUGACUUCCCAGUCACUGCAUCAGGCACCUUCCCAACAGCAGAUCCUAGCAGCUGGCCAGGACACAGCCUUCAUCAGACUGCCCCACCUCCUCCCUCUACUGCAUCAGAAUCCUGGCAUUAUCCUUUAGCAUCUCAGGUUAGCCCUUCAUAUGCGCACAUGCAUGAUGUGUACAUGCAUCACCAUCACCCCCAUCCACACAUGCAUCAUCACCAUCCCAGCUCUCACCUUGACCCACGGUAUGGAUCCCUAUUGAUGCCUUCAGUACGUGCAGCCAGGAUUCCUGCUCCACAGUGUGACAUGACAAAGACAGAUCCUACUACUGUCACCAGUGCUACCUCAGCAUGGGCUGGAGCCUUUCACGGAACAGUGGACAUCGUGCCAAGCUUCGGGUUUGACACAGGUCUACAGCAUCAGGACAAGAGCAAGGAAUCUUCUUGGUUCUGA